UUAGUUUGAGGAUCACUUUGUGCAAAACGCCUCCAAAGGAACCGGUACGAAGGCGGAACUCACGCAUGCUCCUCUCGCGUGCGCACCGUGCUCAACGGGUAAACUGCGCUCGAGCUUUUUUGUGGUUGUUGUUUUACUUUAAGGCGUAGGGUGCUAUCCAUGUGCACUUCUGCCCCACUAUAUGCACUCACCGGGACAUCAACUCCUGCAUCUUUUUUCUUCUACAAAUCCUCUUUCCCAGCUAGCAGAGCCUGCGCGGUGGAUCCUGAAACGAUGCGAGCUUUAAGGUUCUCUGCUAUUCACGAUCACCUGUGUAGAACAACUGCAGGUGGAUUUCACUUAUUUUGAACUAUUCUCUCCUGGAUGAUGCUCCCAACACAAGCGCACCUUUUUCUUGUCUUCACUCUAACCGAUCGCCUGUGGUGUGUGAUGGGCAGUCCUCUUUUGAUGGACCCAAACAGCAUUUGCAGGAGGAGUAAGCCUGCAGGAGGUGCAUAUACUGAACUGUGCCAAACCCAGCCAGAAAUAAUCCAAAAAGUUGCCAAAGGAGCUCGGUUGGCUAUACGCGAAUGUCAACACCAGUUCCGCUCUCAGCGCUGGAACUGUACAGGUCAUGGCAAGAGUCUAGGCAAGAUCCUGCAACAAGAUAUUCGGGAGACAGCUUUUAUAAAUGGCAUCAUGGCUGCAGGAGUGCUGCAUGCAGUAACAUGGGCCUGCAGCCAGGGGGAGCUGCUACAAUGUGGCUGUGUGGCAAUUAAAAGCUCUUCUGGUAGCCCCAAUGAUCAUGCUAUGGAGAGUUCAGUUCCUGCUCACCAGGAUCAACGCUGGGAUUGGGGGGGUUGUGGGGAUGAUGUGGACUUUGGCUACAAGAUUUCCCGGCAGUUCAUGGACACCAGGACGCGGAAGGGCAGGAGUGAUAUCAGGAGUCUGAUUGAUCUGCACAACAACGAGGCAGGCAGACUGACUGUAAAGACCAAUAUGCGAUCUGAAUGUAAAUGUCACGGCCUCUCUGGCUCCUGCACGCUCCGCAGCUGCUGGAGGAAGUUGCCGCUGUUCCGUCAGGUUGGAAAUCAACUCAUGCAGAGCUUCCGAAUGGCAGUUCGUGUGAUGGGUGGCAACGAUGGCAAAUCCCUCGUUCCCCUCAACUGGGAUGCCCUGCCCCUGGGUGCCCACAGUCUUAUCUAUUCAGAUGAAUCCCCAGAUUUCUGCAUGGCCAAUCGCAGGACAGGAUCCGAGGGGACACGUGGUCGGGUGUGUAACGGUACAGAGACAGGGCCUGGAGCCUGUGAUUGGCUGUGCUGCAGCAAAGGACAUGAAGCACACACUCUUGAGUAUGAGGAGAACUGCCAAUGCCAGUUUCAGUGGUGUUGUGAGGUACAAUGUGAGAGAUGUGCUGUGAGAAAAGAAGUCAACAUCUGCCUUUAGACUCUAAGAGCUGUAGUUUCUCUGUCCCAUAAAAUACACUAGGGUCAUCAUUUGGAAUUAUGGGUUCUUCAAUGUGAUCUCAUCAAAACAAUAUUUCUAAAAUUUGCCAAAUGCUGACAAAUCGUAUCAGAAGAAGAUUCAUAAAUAAACUCUCAAGAGACAUAGCCAUCCACUGACCAUUCUUCAAGCUCAAACAUUUUUUUUCCUGCUCACAUGUGGUCAUUUGGGACAUGUGUGUAUUAGGUUUCCUAAGGAAAUCCUAGAUCUGCCUAAUUUAUGCAGGCCAAAAAAAAUCUUUCUAAAAACCUGUUGUAUGCAUUUUAUUUAAUC